GGCCUUGCAGUGUGGUCAGGGGUUGCGUCAGCCUGAGCAGUGCCCAGGGGCAGGGGCCCCUGCUGGGAGAGGGCAAAGGCUGGCGUGGCUGUCCGCAGGCCAACGAAACAGAUUCCUGACUGCAGGAAGGCAAGGCCAGAAAGCCAGGUCCUACCUGGACUCCCUGCGCCUGGCCGGUGACCUGCCGUUUGACCUUACGUAGGCAGUCUGCUCUCUCCGUGGGCCUCAGUCUUCCCAUCUAUACAAUGAAGGCGCUGACCUAGAAGGCUGAUUCCAGCUCCACCCUCAAGCCCCUGCUCUUGCUUUCCCCCAGCCCUGGCUGCGGGUGGCCACAUGCAGUCGUGGAGAAGAAGGUCCCUCUGGCUGGCACUCUCGGCCUCUUGGCUCCUCAUCCUCCUGAGAAUCUUCCCCCUUCUCCGCCUGGUGGUGCCUGCCGGACCUUGGGCAAGUGCCCCCCAAGGCUGGCCCCGCUGGCUGGAUGCAGAGCUCCUGCCGAGUUUCUCCCAGCCUGGGGAGCUCCCAGAAGAUGCCUCGCAACCUCCUCACGCCCCCCGUGGCGGCAGCUGCAAUUGGGGGGCUUGCUUUGAUGCCUCGAAGUGCAGGGCUGGUGGUCUCAAGGUAUUCGUGCACCCGGUGGCUGGACCUCUCUCUGCCGCUCACCGCAGGAUCCUGGCUUCCAUUGAGAGCUCCGGCUACCACUCGGCCAGCCCCGAUGAGGCCUGCCUCCUCCUCUUCCUCAGCCUGGAAGUCCCAGCUGGAGAGUGCAGCCCCCUGCCCCAGCAAUGGAAUGGGGGAAGGAACCAUCUGGUCCUCGGUCUCCACCCAGCUCCCUGCCCCCAGACCUUCCAACUGGGACAGGCGAUGGUGGCCAAGGCCAGCCCCACAGUGGACACCUUCCGGCCUGGCUUUGACGUGGCCCUCCCGCUUCUCCCUGAAGCCCACCCAUUGCGAGGUGGGGCACCUGGCCAGCUGCAACAGCACAGCCCCCUCCCCGGGGUGCCCCUGCUAGCCCUGGCAGACGAGAGGGGCGGGUGGCGCACAGCAGGCACUGACCCCUCUGUCUGUCCCUGGGAUGGGCGCUGUGAGCAGGACCGUGGACUCGAGCAGACCCACCCUGGGGGACUGCUACCCGAUGCCACCUUCUGCCUCAUCCCCGGCCACCGUCCUGCUGCCUUGCACUUCCUCCAAGCCCUGCAGGCUGGCUGCAUCCCUGUGCUUCUCAGCCCUCCGUGGGAGCUGCCCUUCUCCGAGGUCAUCGAUUGGACCAAGGCGGCCAUUGUAGCUGACAAGAGGCUGCCAUUUCAGGUCCUCACUGCCCUCCAGGAGAUGCCCCCCACGCGGGUCCUUGCCCUGCGUCAGCAGACCCAGUUUCUAUGGGAUGCCUACUUCUCCUCAGUGGAGAAGGUCGUCCAUACCACCCUGGAGAUUAUUCAGGACCGGAUCUUUGGAGCAUCUGCUCACCCCUCGCUACUGUGGAACAGCCCCCCGGGUGCACUUCUGGCCCUGCCCACUUUUUCCACAAGCCCUUCGGACUUCCCCUUCUACUACCUACAACGGGGGUCGCGCCCUGUGGGCAGGUUCAGCGCCCUGAUCUGGGUGGGGGCCCCAGGCCAGCCCCCCAUGAAGCUCAUCCAGGCGGUGGCAGGCUCCCAGCACUGUGCCCAGAUCUUGGUCCUCUGGAGCAGCGAGAAGCCACCCCCACCCAGGUGGCCUCAGACAGCAGUGCCCUUGAUAGUCAUGGACGGGCAGAGGAAGGUCAGUGACCGCUUUGUCCCGCACAGAGCCAUCAGCACAGACGCCAUCCUCAGCCUCGACGCACAUAGCAGUCUUACCACAAGUGAGGUGGACUUUGCUUUUCUGGUGUGGCAGAGCUUUCCCGAGCGGAUGGUGGGCUUUCUGACGUGGAACCACUUCUGGGAUGAGGCCCAGGGUGGCUGGGGCUACACUGCUGAGAAGAACAAUGAGUUCUCCAUGGUUCUCACGUCAGCUGCCUUCUACCACAGGUAUUACCACACCCUCUUCACCCACUCCCUGCCCAAGGGUCUGAGAACCCUGGCAGAUGAAACACCCACUUGUGUGGACAUCCUGAUGAACUUCCUAGUAGCAGCUGUCACCAAACUGCCCCCUAUCAAGGUGCCCUAUGGGAAGCAGCAUCUUGAGGCCAGAUCUCCACUGGUGCCUGGGGGUCGGGAGCCGCAGCCGGCAGCCCGAGACUGCAUCAAUCAGAUGGCUGCGGGUUUCGGCUACAUGCCCCUGGUUUCCUCUCGCCUCCGUCUGGACCCAGUGCUUUUCAAGGACCCGGUGUCCGCGCUGCGCAAGAAGUAUCGCAGCCUGGAGAAGCCCUAGGAGCGGCCAGAGGAGCCCCCAGGCCUGCUCCCACCGGGCGCCGCACCUGCUCAGGGCGGGGGAGCGGGUGCAUCAGCUCCUCCCUGGGGACAACUGGAGACCCAAUCAAGGCAGCCAGUUAGCUAAACGUCAGAUCGCUCUUGGCCAAUCACAGCGCUGGCGUACCAAGGGGCGGGGCCUCGCCCCCCUCCCCCCCCCCAGCCCAGCGGCUAGUGGCAGGUCAGGUGCAAGGCGCUUGGCUGCGGUGCCUCUGCCAUCGCUGACCCCUUGCCUGGAAUGCCUUUCUCGGCUUCUGCGGAGCUGACUUCUACUUGUCUUUCAGAUCUUCGCCUUCUCCACGGGCUUGACUGACCCCCUGACCCGGAUCCUCUGAGCUUUCACGGCCGGGUGUUCCCACACUGUUCGUGCAGCUUUGCAAGGUACACAGUCAGGCCCCAGGACUAGCCUGGGAGCCCCGGGAGGGCACGGCUAUGUCCUCUUCUCUCCGGCAGGUGCUUCACAAUAUUUGACGGACAGCUAGAAGAGACAUCAACUGCGUGCCCAGCCCUGUGCCGUAGUCGGGAGUGUGGACAGUGUGUUGAGUGAGACAAAACUCUGUCUUCCCCCCCCUCUUCCCCGGCCCACGGGGUUGCUAGUCCGGCAGGAAGGCAGCUACCCGCAGAUGCCUGUGUUGCCAGGCAUGAUCUUCGCACCCCAGCAGUGGAGCAAAGAGGCGCUGAGAAGCCAGUUUCGGCGCUUUCUUCCCGACCUGGCGGAGCGUAGGGCCGAGGAGAAAGGGGCUGAGAACGCAGGAGGUCCGUCCCAACCCAGCCCCGGGGGUGGGGGUGAGCAGUGAUACCCUCAGCUCAGGCCUGGCCGUGACUCUGCACUACCAGCCAGGACCACUAGAGGUCAGCGCCACACCGCGCUCCCUCUGGGAAAGGGACUGGAUCUACAGCCCCUUUGGUUCAAGGCAGGCGAGGGGACGUGGAGAGGUGCUGCGGUGCAGCCCAAGGUCUGAAAACUGGGGGGAGGAAUUUAAAAAAGAGCCCCACUCCUUUAACCCACACACUCAGGACUAAGAAAGAGCCAUUUCUAGUUGGGCUAGGUGGGAGAGGGGGUUGUUCCAAGCACCCUGGCCAUGACAGUGGAGUGGGGGAAGGGGCGCUGGCUUCUCCAGGGUUCAUCCACCUGGAACUGGACUUAUCACUUCCGAAAUAAAGCGCGUGUCCUUGC